AUGGCGGAGCCGCAGCUAGCCGAUGUCCCUCCUCUUCCACCAGGCCUAAGGCACCAUAUUCAUCCAACGGCCGAAAUUCAUAGGAAUUUGAAUGAACUGAAGCAGAAUUUCGGUAACGCUGCCUCGAAAUGGAAAUACGAGGGUCUCGAAAGCUUCAGUCAAAGGUCUAUAGUUGUUCGCAUGGGAGUCAAGGAGGGUAUGGUAACUAAGACCCGGUAUCGUAGGCUCGUUAUAAAGCGAGCCUUUACUGAAAUGAGCGAGGACACUCUAAGGAAUGAGAUUGAAACCAUUGAGAGUAUUCAUCCUGCAGAACACAUUUUAAACCCUCUAGUCACCCAUGAAUACGCGCCUCUGCCAGGGGAGGGCGAAGGCGAAGGUGAAGGCGCAGAAGGUGGAGGUGGAGGUGCGGGAGGUGCUGGCCCUGCCGAGCAUGCAGCCGAUGAAAUCGUUCGGCUGUUCCGACGGGUCAGACUAGGUGCCCGAGAAGCAAUUAGAGAUCCUCACAUCCCUUCGGCACUGAGAAGGAGAAGAGAAGACCGCAGAAUGACCAGCAGAAGACUCGUCAAGGAAGCGAAUUUAACGGCAUUAAACGAUUACCCUUACAUGAUAUCAGAGUAUCUCGAGAAUGGAACCCUGGACAGGAUGUUACUUAGAGCAGCAUAUCAUCGACGACCCGUCCCGAAUCGAGUUCUCUGGUCUGUAGCCCUGUGUAUGCUGAGGGCGUGUGUGGGUAUAGCAUACGGAAGGCCGUCUCCGGAGGACUACGACGCCGCACGAAGGGGGGAGAUAACAGAUACGAGACUGGAAACCGUCCCGCCGGAUGCGGGUAAUCCGAGAGGCCUAGUCCACGGAGCGAUAGACAGGACCAACUUUGUUUUUGGUAGCCCAGGUGGUUUUCCAGAGCAUGAUCUUGUACCCUCCCUGAAACUCAUCGAUUUCUCACAAUCAUAUAUGGUCGAGAAUGCUGCCGUCGUAAAGGAUCAUUUAAUGGAGAUGGGAGGAAUACUUCUCCAAUUAGCUGUCGGCGAUUACAGCCACGAAAUACUUACAGAAUCUAUUGCGAACCCAUCAAUCCAGAACGGCAUCUGGACAACUGCAACUGCUUUAUACGAACUUCAGCAGGGUGAUAAUGUCGACAUGGAUCUCAAGAAUCUUAUUGGAUAUUGGAUGUCAAUCCAGCAAGGCCUAGAUAUCAACCUACAGCAUAUGCUCCCGCUGGUUGAACAGGCUGUUGAGACAAGGAACGAGGCUUUCUAUCCCGGGGUACCCCGAGAGACCGACGCCUCCGUUAGGGCCUUCUUGCAGCUUAUGGUAUACGAUGCGGACGAUCGACCGCACCCAUUCCUGGCAGCGGCGGAAGCGAUACCGCAUGGACCACUACCAGUAUUCUUCCCUCCGCCAGAUGGAUUUGGUGACGGCGUUGACGGCCCUGCUGACGGAGACGACGACGACGACGACGAUUUCGGCGGUGGGCAAUUCCAUGCGCCACCUGACUUUCCCGACCCUAAUGAUGGACCAGGCCAUCAUCACGGUCCAGUGGGACCAAUGCCCCCUCUGCCUCCGGGCCCGCCCCCGGACCCGAAUAACAACCCGGCCGGUGACGCACAUGACGAUCUUUAUAAUGCCUAA